AAUAAAGUUUCUUCUUCUUUUUGUUCAGUUUAGUCACAUCAUUUCUCAAUUUGCAGUAAGUAAGCCAGUCAGAUGUACAGCCAGACUUAUUAGCCACUCCCUUUGCCCCAUCCCUUUCAACCAUACAGUUUUUAAAUUCCUCUUCAAUCCAUGGAGCCUUAACAGUCUGUUUCUUUACAAGUGGAUGUUUGUCAAUAAUUGGAAGAAGCAAUUUCAUAAAUUCAGAUGAAACUGGCAAAACUCUGAAAGAGUGAUAGACCAUGUCCUCAACAUGAAAGCGAGGAGGUGGCAUUGGCGUUUCUCUACAAGUAGGUCUCUGUGACAGGUGGAGAGCAGCACAGCAUUAGACCAACAGACGUCCUAAUAAUGUGCAGUCUGCUGACACUGGAUGACUGGAAACAGCAGAGAUGAAGGAGCUAUGGAUUAUGGCUGUCUUUACCACAGUCUCUUUUCCACAGGGGAAUCUCACCACAUCCUCUGCCAUUCCAACCACCAUUGACAUAACUACCCCAACUACUGCUGCCCCUUUAACCCCUGACCCUCCAUUUACUGACACUCCAACUACUGGUUACCUAAAUACUUCUGGUCUUCCAACUACUGGUUACCCUACAUCUAUCCCUAUCACCAGUAUCAGUCUCCCCUCUCCCACCACAACCCCUCUGGACUGUAUCAACGGUGGUGAGCUGCAGAGUGGAGUCUGUAUCUGUCCUGAUGAGUGGACCGGAGAGACCUGUUCAGAGGAGAAUUUCUGCAAUUCCACCAUCAAGGAUGGAUUCUCCUUCCCAAGAACUACAGUUGGCUGGUCUGCUUAUUCAGAAGAGUUGUGUGAUGAGAAGACAACCAGUGCCGGUUUACCAGAAGCCUCAGCAAGAUGUUUAAAUGACACUGGAUCUCCAAUGUUUGGUCCUCCUCACAUUCUGCAGUGUGAAUUUACCCUCAGUGACAUUCAAGGAAAUAUCUCCAGCAGUUCAGGUGAUUUACUAGAGUUAGCCUUCAGUACUCAGAUCCUGACCUCCCAACCAGAGCAGCUGUCAGCUGACAACAUCACCACAGCAGCUCAAAUAGCUAACACGAUGCUUCAGUCUGCAAAUAUCACAGAGGACAUCGCAGUGGCAGCUGUAACAACCAUCAGUCAGCUGCUGAAUUCCAGUGAGGAGAGUUCACAGGAGAGAGAUGCUGUCCAAAACCUCACAGAGACCCUGGAGAAGUUUUCCCUGGACCAGCACAAUAAUGUGUCAUUGGUGGUUCAGCCCAACCUGGUAGUCCAGUCUGUCCAACUACCAAGUGAUUCAGUAGGGAUCCAGUUCACUGCUCUGACUGGAAGUUCUGGCAAUUUUGUGGCAAACGGAAUUCAUCUCAACACAAAUACCUCUGAACUGAUAGCUGACAAAGGAGGUGCUAGCGAUGUCCAGAUUGUCAUAAAAUUCCCAUCAGUUUUGCAUAGUAAAAACACAAACCACUCCAUUGGUUUUGUACUCUACCAAAACGACCGGUUCUUCAGGUCCAGUGCUUUCAGUGCUUCUUCAGGGACCAGCAGAACGGUCAUCUCUGCUAACCUGGGACAGGUGUCUGGGUUACAUGUUGAGAUGGUCUUCAAGCCCACAGUUGUCCCCAACGCCUCCCUCUAUGACUUUGCCUGCGUGUCAUGGAACUACACAUUGAAAGACUGGAGCACCUUUGGCUGCUCCAAAGUCAACCACUCAGAAGACGGCCUGCGAUGUUUCUGUAAUCACACCACUAAUUUCGCUGUGCUGAUGUCGUUCAGGAGGGAUUUUAAAUACGCUGAGGCGCUAAACUGGAUCACCAUAUUGGGAUGCUCCAUGUCCAUCAUCGGGUUGAGUUUAACAAUAACAUUCCAGAUCACAACCAGGAAAUCACGCAAAACCAACCCAACAGUCCUCUUAGUGAGCGUCUGCGUGUGUCUCCUGAUCUUCACCCUCCUCUUCAUGUUGGGAGUGGACAACCCUCAUAAACAGCUGGACAAACCUGAAAUACAGGAGGACAACAUUCUCCCCCCGUCCGACACACACACAGAGCAGGACAGAGGGCCCUGUACUGCAGUGGCGGUCCUGCUGCAGUACUUCCUGUUGGGGACGUUCACCUGGAACACGCUGUACUCCACAAAUGUCUUCCUGAUGAUCAGAAACAGCCUGGCCACCAGCCCGUCACAGUUCACAGCCUAUACCGUGGCCAUCGGAUGGGGACUGCCUGCGGUUGUGGUGGCCCUCACCUUAGGAAUUAGUUACAGAGUGGAUGAUCCACUGGGUUACAGGCAGGAGGAAUUUUGCUGGCUUGCUGCCCUCGAUCCAAAGGGGAACUUUGACUUCAAGCUGCCAAUGUUUUGGGGGUUCCUGAUCCCUGUGGCGUUCAUGCUUAUCUUCAACACAGUGGUGUUGGUAUAUUUUGCAGUUACAACAUGCAAGACCAACCCACAUUUAACCAGUACAAGACACACAUCGAUGAAGAAGAAGUUCCUCAGUAGCUUUUCUCUGGCUGUGGUGCUCGGUCUCUCCUGGAUCCUGGGCUAUCUGUUGCUCAUUACACAGAACCAGACCAUGUACACCAUACUCAACAUUUCCUUCUGUGUACUCACCACCACUCAGGGCUUGCAGAUUUUCAUUCUGUUCACAGCAAGAACAUCAAUUGUCAAGAAAAAGAUGUCAAGUGCUUUGAAUUCUGUCUCUAGCUCUGGGAUCCCUCUUCACACUAGGAAGUUCAGUCUAUGGCGAGGAAAGCAAAGUGAUAAAGUAGAAUCAUACACACAGCAGGACACUGUGUCAUUUCCAACUUGUUCCUCACAGACAUCUAACUGAUGGGCUGCAAGUUCAAACCUAGUUUGUAAAACUUCUCCACUUGUACUAUAAUAUACAAUAUACUGCACACAAUUUUGUAUCCACGUAGAGUAUAUUUACUG